UAUUUGGAAUAUUUUCGAAAUUCCGUGACCCAGAAGUACUUUUUUAUUGUUGCGGACACUUUCUUUUGGAUUAGCAAAUUGUAGCUACACCAACAAUAGAAAUACAACAAUUCAUAAAUGUAUUGAGCAACAAACAUCUUCAUACGGAUUAUAACUGCCAGUUCAAUCAAACAUAAAACGCAGACCGCAAUUUGUGACUGGAUUAAGGCGAAACAAGGACGAAGAGAGAGACAAAUAUAGCUACUAGCUAACGUUGCGUUAGCCUGUUAACGCAAAGGCUAAGCAGCAAGUUGACAUGAAUUCUCUCGUCGGCUAUGGCGUGUCCUCUGAUUCUGACAGCGAUGGGGAUAUUGUAAACAACAAGAAGACUGAGAGCAAGGUGGAUGGAGAGACCCAGAAGAAGGGCCGCAAUUUCCUCCUAGAGUCCGGGUCAGCCUCCAGUGAGUCGGACUGUGACUCCAACCCAGAGGAAGAGGUGAACCCCGUAUCUCAACUACAACCAAAACGCCCUCCUCCUUCCUGUAUGGGACCCCCCUCAGAGUCCCGUACCCCUCUCCUCCCCGCACCCCCUAGCUCCCUCUCCUACAAACUCCCCCCUCCCCCCCUCGGGGCCUCGUCCAAGAGUGGCGUAUUCGCCAACCCCUUCAAGGCUCAAGCCGACCAGAAGCUCAACGUCUUGCAGAAGCAUGUCCCUCUCACAGUGCAGGCCCGGCCCUCCCAGAUAGGGGGCAAGAGGAUGUGUGUGGCGUACAGGAAGGACGGACGCUGCAGGUUCGGGAUCAAAUGCAAGUUUGCCCACGACAGCGAUCUCCAGAGCUCCAUCAUUCCCAAUGACUAUGACCCCCCUGAGGAUGACGCUCCCGGAUCGCACCAAGCUGACCCCAACGCAGGAGGCUCUUCAUACAUGGGUCGCCAGAACUUUCACCACAACCAGGGAGGAGACCCUGAAGAGGAUGAGGGUCAGCAGUCUAGGAAGAGGAGAGUAGGGCUGAGUAACACCCUAGUGCCUCCUAAAAGGGCGUUGAAGAAUUAUGCAAUGCAGAGGAAGAGAGAACAGGUCAAUUUGAACUGAGCAACUUGCACAGGAAUACUGUCAGCAGCAAUACACUUUGUGUGUGUCUGUGUGUGUGUGUGUGUACGCGUGUGUGUGUGUGUGUGUGUAUACGCUCACAUUGUUUUAGUGUGUGACAAGAGAAAAUGGGAACAUGUUCCAAUUUUGUACCCCCCCCCCCCCAUGGAUGUAAAAGGAAUGGACUGGUGUAAAAAAUGGUUUAAACUUCUCCCUACCCAUGCUUACGAGUGAGCAAGUGCAAACGAAUCAGACGACAGCCAGAGAGUAUUCUAUACACCGCUUGUCAGUAUGCAAGAUAGGAUAACUAUACCACACUUCCAAACCUCUGUGCAGUCCAGUACAUGUACUUCAGAUUGGUAGUUUGUACAUGGAGUUUUUGUAGUUUCAUUGAAAACGUCUUUAUUUUGGAAGAACCUGUCCAUUGGAAAUAUCAGCUACAUUUUAUCAUUGUUAAAUAAAUGCUUUAAAUGUUUGUUAUUUGUGUUUGUGACCACUUAAUGAUACAUGGACAUAGGAACUGGAGAUACCAAUAAAGUUAUGGAUCAAGUUUA